CAUCAGUUUCUCCGCCGCCGCGCAAGAGUUUGGUGACGUUGAAGGACAGUCUGUCAGGUUUGGCUGAAGGUUCGUGUGCGCAGUGCAACCGAGAGCAGCGAUGUCUGCCGAACCUAUCCGCUCGGUUCUAGGCUCCGUUUCGACGGAUGACACCUCGCUGGUCCUGCCGUCCGACAAGACUCAACGGAGAGGUCAGGAGCGCGUGCUGGAGCAGGUCAAGAGCAUUCGCAGGAAGUCGAAGAUGGUCAAGAACGACUCCAUCCCGUCGCCGACAAUUCCAGCAUCAGCAACAGAAUACAGUGAGCCUAAAUUCCAGUUCUCACCAUCAAAACUGAACAACACACUCUUCAGAUAUAGCGGCUCCAACAUGACUACAACCCAGAAUAGAAUGACUGGUCGCAGCGUGUCAGUGCGCCACACAGUGAAAAGGCAGACCCAAAACAGCCAGUGGGACUCUCAGAUGUCCUGGAAUGCACAGUCUAAGUCCAAUGGGAUGAAGCUCAGUGGCAGCGACCCUUCUUUAAAUAAGACGGCUAUCCAGAAUUCUGUGGAUAGAGUCGCUACCGUACGACAGAAUCGAUCUGUACAAUCUAUGAAAGUGAAGAAUACUCCGCCGGUCGCUGCAAACCAAGCACAGACAAUUACAAAAGUCAUUAAGACCAAAUCAGAAGCGCCGGGUGUGAAUGGAGCCAUGGGAGCAAUGCCCAACAUCACACUGCAGGAAGCAGUGGAUUAUCUGACACACGAAGACAUCAGUCAUCAGCUAUGUGGAGCUUCGUUUAUACAGCACAACACCUUCACAGAGGACAUGGCCAAACAAGAGGUUUGGCGUUUGGGAGGGAUUCCUCAUCUUUUACGGUUACUGAAAAGUGACAAUUCACAGCUACAACAGACAGCAGCCGCCGCACUGCGCAACAUGGUGUUUAAAGACAACAAUAACAAACUGGAGGUGGAGAGCUGUGAUGGAAUAGAAACCAUUCUGACCUUACUCAAAAACACCAAUGUAACAGAAACCCAGAAACAGCUCACUGGUCUGUUGUGGAAUUUGUCUUCGGCGGAUACACUAAAACCAGACCUGAUCAGGAAUGCCAUGCCUUUGCUGACAGAAAACUUUGUGGUGCCAUACAAUUUUUGGUUUGAGGGCAACAAACAUGUGGACCCUGAAGUUUUUGACAACACUACUGGCUGUUUAAGAAACCUCAGCUGCGCCAGUGAAAAGGAGAGGAUUUCUAUGAGGAGCUGCUCGCGACUUAUCGACUCUCUCGUGACUUACAUUCAGACGCAGGUGGAACGGGGAGAGCCGGAUGACAAGUCUGUGGAAAACAGUGUCUGCAUUCUGCAUAACCUGAGCUACCAGCUGGAGAAAGAGGCUCCGGGUCACUUCACACAGUUCACAGUCCCGCAAGAGAACAGCAAAAAGAGCAUCUUCAGCCCCAAGGCCAAAGUCAAAAAGGAGUUCAGUUUCCCAGAUAUGGACAAGGACAACCCUGAAGGAGUGAACUGGUUGUUUCACACAAAGUCCCUGCUGCUCUAUCUGUCUCUGCUGGGCUCCAGUCAGAAAGAAGCCACGCUGGAGGCCUGCUGUGGAGCUUUGCAGAACCUCACCGCUUCAAAGAGCGAUGUUUCCACUGUUAUGAGUCAAAACAUCAUCGAGAAGCUGCACGGCCUGUCUGUCAUCUCACCUCUACUGAGAUCUGGAAAUCUGGGUCUACAGAAGACCGCCAUGUCCUUAGUGGGCAACAUGUCCCGGGUGUCAUCUCUACGGCGAACUAUGGGUAAGAGUUAUGACAACAUUUGUGCAUGACAACAAUGUGUUUGGCAACUACCAUUUUAUUCAUAAUCUGUGUGUUUUUGUAAAGUAUGAGUACGUUGUUUUAGUGCAGUCUCACAACACAUCACAUAAUGAUCAUCCAUUCUAUU